AUGCGUAGCAUGCAGCAUGCGAACUGUUUUUGUCUUUCUUUUCACCCUCGCUUAAUCGUCUUCACCCUUGUCUGCUAUCUUAUUAUCCCCUAUGCCAGUCCCGUUCAGUUCAAUAUAAGUAGCUUUGACGAGAACUCAAAUGACAUACUCUACGAAGGAGUUGCGGUUGCGGUAGCGUCUGGAUCCAUUAAUCUCACCCCACAACGCGGCCUCCAACAGAAAUAUAAGGUAGGCCGCAUUCAGUAUUCGAAACCCAUCUAUAUUAGAGAUUCUAUUACUGGGAGACAAGCAAACUUCUCUACCCAUUUUUCUUUCACCAUCGAACCUUUCGAUCGCAACCAAUACAGCGAUGGCCUGGCAUUUUUUCUUGCUCCUGCUGGCUUUACAAUCCCACCCAACUCGGCUGGUCCGUUUCUCGGAUUGUUCAAUGCCAGCACAGUCGAUGAUGGGCCUCGGAACCGAAUUGUGAUGGUUGAGUUUGAUACUUGUGUGAACUUAAAAUUUGACCCUCCAGAGCGGCACAUAGGGGUCAACAUAAACUCCAUCUCUUCAACUGUUCAUUCCUUUUGGGAUCCCGAAUCACGCAGAGGAAAUGCAACUGAUGUCGCGGUGACCUAUAAUUCUACUAGCAAGAAUCUUAGCGUGUUCUGGUCGUUUGCUGGCGCGGUUUCUUUGGACAAGAAAAGCUGCUCGCUUUCUUACCAUAUCGACCUUGCUCAAGUUCUUCCUGAAUCGGUCGCAAUUGGCAUUUCAGCUUCUUGUGGCAGCGUUGAGGCGAGACACAUCAUCAAUUCAUGGGGGUUUACUUCGGACUUGGAUGUUGUACGCCCCCCGUCGACCAGUUCAUCAGUAAAGUGGGCACACUACAGCAUCUAUAGGUUGUUCACAUUUAUCGCUACUCCUUUAGCAAGUCUAAUGCUGAUUAUUUCGGCGGGGUCUUGCCUAUUUACGAUCAAAAUGAGGAAAAAAUACCAGCUUUGUGCUCUGACUGACAUGGAGAAAGAGAUAAGAGCAUUGCCGCUCAAAUUCUCAUAUCAAGAGUUGGUUGAAGCGACAAAUAGCUUCUCACAGGAUCGUAGACUCGGCCAAGGAGGGUCUUGCCAUGUUUAUAAAGGAGUUGUGAACAGUUUAGAUCGCCAAGUUGCUGUCAAGAGAAUCUUCACGGAAUCCGAACAUUCCAAGAAAGUCUUCAUCAAUGAAGUGAAGAUCUUAAGCCGCACGAUACAUCGAAAUCUGGUGCAAUUUAUUGGAUGGUGUCAAGAGGAAGAACUAGAGCAGUGCGUUCUUCACAGAGAUAUAAAGGCAGCCAACAUAUUGCUAGACAUGGAUUUCAACACUAAGCUCGGUGACUUCGGAGUAUCUAAACUGGUCGACCCUCGUUUCAAGACUCAAACAACUGAUGUGGUGGGGACACACGGUUAUCUAGCACCAGAAUAUCUCAAUGGACGGAAGGCUACUAGAGAAUCUGACAUUUUCAGUUUCGGGGUCGUGGUUUUAGAGAUUGCUUGUGGUAAGAGGACCUAUCAGGAUGAAGAAUUUCAUGUCCCAUUGUAUAAGUGGGUUUGGCAGCUUCACCUUACUGGAAAUAUGCUUGAAGCAGCGGACGAGAGGCUGGGUUCAAGCUUCGAUAGGAAGGAAAUGGAAUGCUUGAUGACGGUGGGAAUGUGGUGUGUGCAUCCAGAUCCCAAGAGUAGGCCAAAAGUAGGACAAAUUAUCAGGUUUCUUCAGCUAGAAGUCCCUGUGCCCGAGCUUCCAGUCGCCGUAUACGAGGCCCCCGUUUUAUGUCAACCAUCACCACUAGUCAGGAAUCAGACCCUAUUAAGCAACAUGGACCAUGGCUCCCAAAGUCACACAGCGACACGUUGA